AAGGAAGAUUGGGAAGUCGCCCAAUGACGAAAUAAGUAUCAGCUAAAUUAGAAGUUUGGAAGACGGCAGCAGCGAAGCUCUGCUCUGCAAAUCAUUACCUAUGGGCUCCAAUAUGAGUCUGUGCUGCGGGUCUAAGAAAAAAGAUAAAGGAUUUGUGAGUGGAGGGGAACAGAGCUCCACAUGGAGGUUGUUUACGUACAAGGAGCUUCAUGCGGCCACUAAUGGAUUCAGCGAGGAGUACAAGCUGGGAGAGGGAGGUUUUGGAACUGUAUACUGGGGGAAGACCAAUGAUGGUCUUCAGAUUGCUGUGAAAAAAUUGAAAACAAUAAAUUCGAAAGCUGAAAUGGAGUUCGCGGUGGAGGUCGAGAUACUGGGAAGAGUGCGGCAUAAGAACCUAUUGGGGCUUCGAGGAUAUUGUGCGGGAGCUAAUCAAAGGCUUAUUGUGUACGAUUACAUGCCCAAUCUAAGCUUAUUGUCUCAUCUUCAUGGACAAUUUGCAAGCGAGAUGAAGCUGAACUGGAAGAAAAGGAUGAAUGUUAUCAUGGGAUCUGCUGAAGGCCUUGUUUACCUGCACCAUGACGUGACGCCACACAUCAUCCACCGCGACAUCAAAGCCAGCAACGUCCUCAUCGACUCUAAUUUCGAACCACUGGUCGCCGAUUUUGGCUUCGCGAAGCUGAUCCCUGAAGGCGUAAGCCAUAUGACCACACGGGUCAAAGGAACCCUAGGUUAUCUCGCCCCUGAAUAUGCAAUGUGGGGCAAAGUCUCUGAAAGCUGCGACGUCUACAGCUUCGGCAUCCUCCUCCUCGAAAUCGUCACCGGCCGUAAGCCCAUCGAACGUCUUCCCGGCGGCGUCAAACGCACGAUCACGGAAUGGGUUGAUCCAUUCAUCGCCACAGAUCAACUCUCCAAUCUCGUCGACAGCCGUCUCCAAGGACAAUACGACGAUCUCCAGCUCCGUCGAAUCCUCCACGCGGCGGCCAGAUGUGUUCAGUCGGAGCCCGAUCGCCGGCCCACCAUGCGGAAGGUCCUCGAUAUCUUGCAGGGGAAUGCCGCCGCCGCCGAUCCGGUCAAGAACAGCAAGCUCGGGGAUGAUUCGAGCGAACACGAUGUGUCUAGUCAGGCGACGAGUGGUGAGGCUAAUCCAAGUAUGAUCAGAAUCAAGAGCGUGAAGUAUCAGGAGGAGCUGAUGGCCAUGGAUGAUGAAGAAGGAGCGGAAGGCGAUGAGGAUCUCGAAUUGACGAGAAGUGGGAGCGAUCGGGCGAGCGUGUACGGUGUGUUUGGGGCGAUUGAGGUGCAGAGAGUUAGCCAUGGAUAUGGGCAGCAGAUUGUUAGCAGAAGAGCUGCGUUGCGCGGGUGAGGGCUUCGUUUUGGGAGGGAAGGCAUGUUUUGAAUUUUGAGGAGGGCACCUCAUUUUAUACAUGAA